GUCGCCCGCAUUGGCUGCAUCUCGGACCCGGUCUUCGAUGACGACACCGUCGAGGUCAGCAUGACGAUUGUCUCUCGUAACGUUGCGUCCUCCUUUAUAGGGAGGCUGUCCAGGCUCAUUUUAUUCGAACUAUUAACUGUUCAGAAUACUGUUGCCAACCUUGAGAGUAUAUUCUGAUCGUUGUGUCUAUCCGUUGAUCCUAUCCCACUCUUUCAGCUUCAUCCUCAUGGCUGUUCUCGAUAUGAUCGAAGCCCUUCAGUCCGAGCCGGUGCCCGUGCCGGCUCCAUCUCCUACUUCGCCAGUAUCCCCCAUUCCUACGGUCAUUCCGGGAGGUACUCCCAUCCUGCAGGAGAUUCACGAUGCCGGAAAGCGCACAUUAUGGGUCGUCACCGUCCUCAUGGCUCUCUCCUCUGUCGUAUUCUACAUCCUCGCUGGCCGCUCCCCCGUGCCCAAACGCGUCUUCCACACCCUCGUCUCCCUCAGCACCACCAUCUCCUUCCUGAUCUACCUCGCCCUCGCCACCGGCGAAGGCAUCACCUGGAAACACGACCUCAUCCGACACACCCACAAGCACGUCCCCGACACCUCCACCGACUGGUACCGCCAGGUGCUGUGGCUGCGCUACGUGAACUGGUUCCUGACCGACCCGCUGACCCUGAUCAACCUGUCGCUGCUGUCGGGCCUGCCCGGCGCACACCUCCUCGUCGCCGUCGCCGCCGACUUCGCCAUGCUCGGCUCCGGCCUGCUGGGUACUUACGCGGGCCAUACCGCGCGCAGAUGGGUCUGGUUCACGAUCAGCGCGCUGGCCUACCUGACGGUCGUGUACCAGGUGGGUGUGAAUGGCAGGAAGGCGGCGAGAAGAAAGGACGUGCAGACGAAGCGGUUCUUUGGUGCGAUUUCGGGCGUCGCGUUGUUGGUGAAGGCGUUGUAUCCGAUUGCCCUUGCUGCCGGCGCCCUCGCGCUCAAAGUCAACGUCGACUCCGAGAGCAUCAUCUUCGCGGUCUACGAUAUCAUCCAGCAGGGUAUCCUCGGCUACUGGCUUUUAAUUGCGCAUGAUAGAUCGCCUGGAGUAGCCCUCUACGUCGACGGCUUCUGGUCCAAUGGUCUUGGUAACGAGGGGACUAUUCGUGUGGGUGAUGAAGAGGGGGCUUAAUUUCUAAUUGGAUUAGUUGAAGCGGAGUGGAGUUCUGGCUGGAGAGCACGACAGGAGAGGAGACGAAGGGUCGAUGAUGCGGUGUGGUGUGGUGUGAUGUGACGUGUGGUAUGAGUAUGACGUCAUGACAUCAUCCACUGGGACUGUGGAUGCGAGGCGGAGAAUUGAAGUGGUGGGGAUGAAAUAGUUAUGAAAAUGGAUCUGAGCUGGUUCUGGUUUGGUUCUUUUGCCGGGGGUUGGAUUUGUGCAUGAGGUUUGAUUGACUUGGUUGGGUUGGAUAGUUGGGUGAGUGAAAGUGGGUGGGUUGAGUAAGUAAUGCUGGUUGAGUUUGGUGUACAUUAUUCAGUUUGCCUGGUUACUCGGUAGUUAGGUGGUAUUUGCUUUUAUUUCGAUUUUGAAUAAUGGAUGAG